AUGCAGCUCAAAGCGAAGACAUGGUUUUUCGUUCUGAAAGACUCCUUUAUGGCCCAUAGUAGAGUCUUGACAGUAGCGGCAGUCACAAAUAAAAAUAUCGAGAUGGCUGCGCUCAAUGCUCACAACUAUUACAGAACAAUUCUUGCAAAUGGAACAGUUUCCACAAGUAUUGAUCAAUUGCCGAAAGCCAAUUACAUGAUAAAAUUGAAAUGGGACGACAGUUUAGCGAAGAAAGCAGAUGGAUUUGGUUGUAAUGACUCCGUAAACGCGACUGUAAAAUAUCCUGCUGGAAAAUCAAACAUUGCUUGGAUAGAAGGGGAUAGAGCCAAGCUCGGGGAAGAAUAUCGUGCAGUUGCUGCCGCUGUCCACGAGUGGUGGAACCCAGUGUAUACAUCAACUCUCUCCGGUCGUAACCUCAGAGUUACUAAAAAACUUUAUAAAGAACUUCCAAAGUUUGUAAAGAUCGCGUUUGCAUACAACGAGAAGGUUGGCUGUGCAGUUAAUUCAUGUGAUGAUAAGGCACUUGUCAGAUGCAUCUACGAUUAUGUGCCGACUGUAAAGACUAUGCCGCUUUAUGUGAAGGGUAAAGUAUGCGAGUUGUGCACGGAAACUGGAGAACGUUGUGAGGCGUCACUUUGUGUAGUUGAAGAUGAAGAAGAAGAAGAAGAAGAAGACUAG